GUUUUUUAUUUAUCAAAUUGAUAGUAUAUGUUGUAUCGUCGAGUGGAUAACUUUGUUUGAGUGUACAUAACAUAUGCAGCAACAUAUAACAUAUUUUCCGUAAAUAUAAGACAGAAAUAGCCUUAAACAAUGAAAGGGUCAAUAGCAGUGCUGAUGUUGUGCCUAUCCAGUGGAUUCGCAUAUAAGAUCCUUUGCAUCCUUCCUGUACCUUCGAAGAGCCAUGAUCAUCUGUCGCUGGGUAUCGUGAAGCCACUUCUUAAAGCUGGUCAUCAGGUGACAUGGGCGACGCCGUAUGAGAAAAAGAAUAUUCACGAAAACUUGACUGUGAUAGAACUGAAAGAGAUACGGGAGUUUGUUGAAGCAAUGGACAUCAUGGGUAAAAGCGACGUGGGCUUCCAAUAUAUGAAGGAGUUCAGUCGGAAUAUCUCCAUCAGCACCACUCAGCACCCUGGUCUUCAGAAGGUGUUGGUGGAACAGCAGUUCGAUGCGGUUGUCUCCGUGUGGUUCAUGAAUGAAUUUGAAGCUGGUUACGCAGCCAUUCAGCAGGUGCCCUGGAUCCUCGUCAGCUCUAUAGGCUACCAUCCUUUCCUGGAGAAGCAGGUAGACCAAAUCAGGUCUAUUUCCACCGUUCCUUUGGCUUUUAAUGACAAUGGUGAUCGCCCGAUGUCCACCUUCCGACGCUUUAUCAAUGGCCUCAUAUAUAUGCUGAUGAACGUUGAUGAAUGGUUCGACAAAUCCACAAUAACGUCGACCUACGAAUCCAUCUUCAGCCCUCUAGCAGCGAAGAGAGGAGUGCCCCUCCCUCCCUUCGAAGACGCCUACCACAACGUAUCCAUAAUUCUGGCAAAUUCCCAUGAGUCUAUCGGCUAUCCGAUGAGCCAGCCACCGAACGUCAUCAACAUAGCUGGUUAUCAUAUUGAGGAGCCACCUCCGUUGCCUAAGGAUCUCCAAGACUUACUGGACGGAUCACCUCAAGGUGUCAUCUACUUCAGUAUGGGUUCUAUCCUCCGCUCGUCAUCCCUGAAGCCUCACACACGCGAUGCUCUGCUGAAGCUGUUCGGGUCUCUACCUUUCACAGUGCUGUGGAAGUUCGAAGAGCCUAUAAAAGACCUUCCCCCUAACGUCCACGUGAGACCCUGGAUGCCUCAGCUUAGUAUACUUGUGCACAAAAACGUCCGUCUCUUCAUCACCCACGGUGGUCUACUAAGCACUUUGGAAGCGGUCUACGCUGGAGUACCACUCCUCGCGAUACCAGUAUUUGGAGACCAACCCUCGAAUGCUGAACGAGCUGAACUUGCUGGGUAUGCUGUGAAGGUGGCGUUUAGUGAUGAUAUGGUACCCGAUGUGGCGGCAGCUCUGCAGAAAAUGCUUAGCACUGACACUUACUACAAUAAAGUAAAGCAAAUUUCAAAGACGUUCCGCAUGCGGCCAGUUCCUCCAUCGGACCUGGUCAAAUUCUACAUUGAACUUGCUAUAGAGACCAAAGGCGCUUACCACAUUCGGUCAUCAGCGUUAGAAUACAAAUGGUAUGAGCGAUGGAUGCUCGAUUUUGUCCUUGUAGUGGUUGCCGUCCUUGUCGCACUUGUCACGCUCAUCAAACUGGCCGUGACAGCCAUUCUCAGAAGAAUACUCGGCAAAAAACAGAAGAUUCAAUCGCUUAAGAAGAGAAAUUAGGUAGUUAAUGUAGUAUGUUAAGAUGUCUUUAUGAAUAAAAUAAGGUUGAACUAAUA